AUGCUUUGCACUUCUCCCCUCCACUCCCAUAUUCACUUUUCGCUAUACACAAUUAUCAUUUCAAGCACAUUAAUAGAACAUCUUCGAACAAACACCAUGAGCUCAGAAUAUGCUACCUUUAGCUUAUUGGAUGAUGAAUUAAACGAAAUACAUAGUGCUGAUGACCUAGAAGAGCUUGCCUCUGACGUUGAUUGUCUGAGUGAGGAGCCGGAUUCUGACUGUAAUGACUAUUCGAGCGAUGCGUCGGAUUCCGGGUCGGAGACAGAGCAUGAAACACCUGCAGCACUUGGUGAGGCUAGUAGCAUCCAUCCUUUAGCAAAUCCUGAUAUCGCGGAAAGCCCACUCGUACCAGAUGGCUUAGAGAGUCCAGAGCUAAACAGGGGGGUCGAUGCAAAUGUCAAUAAAAUAACAACCGAACUUUUAUCCCCUCAAUUGCAAGACUAUCAAUGGAUCAAGUCAACUGUUGAUGAUGCCGUGAUAGAUGAGAUUGUAAGGAAAACCUGCACCACUCAGUACGACUACAAGCCUCGUGUUUUUUACGUAGACAAGGAGGACUUCGACUCAUGGCUCGAACGAGACGGUCGUGAUCAUUUUUUUACUUGGAUGUUACGCAAACAUCAAGAUAAUCAGCCAGGCGGUAGAAGCAAGGUCUUUUAUGUUGAAACCUACGAAUGCCAUCGUGGACAAGAUUCACGAGGCGGAAGUCGCAUCCAAAAGGCUUCUCAAGGCUCUCUUCAAGACGACAGCGAGGAUCCCGAAUAUGCAACCAAGAACGGAAGGAAGCAACUCCGAAUCGUGUACUUUUAUAGACACACAGGGCACGUUCUAGGCAAUGCUGAUGAUUUCCAGUACUUUACCAUGACGGAAUCAACAUGA